CUGGCGUGGGCUAAAUUAGGUCUCUAAUUCCAUAGCUUUAUCGGGUGUGGAAAUCUAGAUCUCCGGGUGCAUCCACCUCCUACUUUCUUCGGAAAUGUAACCGUGAACCCAUUUUUUAUUGGCUCCAUCAUCAUGCUCCCAUGUGCUCAACACUUCUCUCUCAUUGCCACAAAUCAACCUGGAUUACGUUGUUCUAAUUUAGAUUGUUACCUCUCUCACUUAUAACAAACCAUUUGUUUCUAUACGUCCUCAGAUUAGUAGUAUAUAAGACAGUGCUCCUUCAUCUCUGGAUAGUUCUUGAUUUCAGAUCAUAUCAGAGUUUGUUUGUUGCAGGGAAUUGCAGAAAGAAGUAAUAUUGCUAUAAUUUGGAGGAUUAGGUAGCAUCCAUUGUUGUAGGUUCAGGAUGAAGAUCUUCAAUUGGGUUCACCGGAAGAUCAAUGGGCAGCAGAUACACGACGAAGCAAAGCAAGAGGAUUGUGGUAGUGUGUCAUUCAAAUAUUGGCAGAAUGGGCUCCUCUGCAUCGGUACAUUGGGUGGGGAUGAUCAAAAGCGCGUGCACCCAGAACAAGAAGAAAAGGAAGAGGAACAUGAGCAUGGAUAUGAGCUUCAACAUAAAGAUGAACAUGAACAUGAAGAUGAAAGCCAUGAGACAGUGCCAGUACUGCCAGUAGCAGUACUAGAAGCAGAAGAUGAGGCUGACAUCACGGCCGCUGAGGUGGAGAUGUUCAAGAAGAACUUGGCAAAAAUAUUAGGCAUUGGGGAUGAAUUGAGUGAUACCAACAAUCAUCAUAGCCCUCGCCCAAAAGAAAAUUUUGGUUUGCGCGACGACCCAGAUAGUGCUAAGGCACAUAAUCAAAAAUUUCCCUUAGAGGAAUUUCUGGAGAUCCCCGUGAGUCCCAUCACCAUUAAUGGUGCAUCUGAGAAGAAGAAGAAAAAGAAGAAGAAGCAGAAAAGCAACUUGGCCAAAAACGCUUUGGGCACACUUCUGUUUAGCAAGAAGCAGCAGGCGACGGAUGAAAAAUCGAAUGGGGCCAACGCAGUUCACGACGACAAGGUAUUACCAGCACCUUCUGCUAAAAAGGCUGAUUUUUCCGUGGUGGACAAGAUUCUGCACUGGACGAAGAAACGCUCUGUUUCUGCAUCUUCUGCACCUCCUGAAGCUCUUCCUCACAGCAAAAUCUCCAAGUUCAAGAGUAUGUUGAAGGAGAAGGGCGGGCGUGCACUAAAGAAGGGAGGAGGCAAGGAUGAGGUAACCAGAUCAGGGCCACUGGUUCGUGAAAACAAUGACAAAGCACCAUUUUCCUCCAGUUGUCGGAGUGACACCUAUCUAUCUCGAGUGCAAGAGAGGGAAGGAAUAGCAGGGCACGAAGAAGACUUUAUAUCCCUUUCCAGGGACCAUUCUCUGGGAAGAAUCCAAGAAUAUUGGAUCAAAACCAAUUCUGAAUUUGUCGUCCUGGAACUUUAAGCAUUGAAGAUACAAAUACAGUUUCGGUGUAACUGAAACUAAAACAUUCUCACUAUUUCUCUAUCUCAAUCUCUAACUUUCUAUCUCUAUCUCUAUAUUACAAACACUUUCAAUUUUCUCUUCUGAUGUCAAUUAGUAUUGCUUACAGUUUAGGCUUAUCCCGCCUGUAAGCUGAAUGGUGCCAUUUUAUACGCUGUAUAUAAGUGUGUAGUGACCCAAUUAUACGCUGUAUGUGAUAAGCUUAAUUACUUAAAUACAUUAUGACGUUUCGUUCA